GGGCGGGAGAGGCCCGGGCGGCGGCAGCGCUCCACAGGGCCGGGCCGGGCCGGGCCGGGCCGGGCCCCGCUGCUGGGCGGGCGCAGGCGCGCACGCGGCCGCUCAGUCCCCCCAGCCCCGGCUGCGCCCUUUGCUUUCCCGCGGGGCCCAGCGCCGCCCCGCAGCGGGGGAGGAGCGGUCGCGCUGUCCGUCCGCAGCCCGCUUGCAUGGACGCACCGGAGCGGGGCGGCCAAGGAGACUUGCUUCCCAAGCUGCUGCUGCUCUUGGUCCUCGCAGAAGAUUGUCUUGCUCAGUGUGACAAUGACUGCAAAGCUUACUGCUGUGAUGGGACUACCCCCUACUGCUGCUCGUAUUAUGCCUAUAUUGGGAAUGUCCUUUCAGGCACAGCAAUAGCAGGGAUUGUAUUUGGUAUCGUAUUUAUAAUGGGAGUGAUUGCCGGUGUCGCCAUCUGUAUCUGUAUGUGCAUGAAGAACAACCGUGGGACUCGAGUAGGGGUCAUCAGAACUAUGCACAUCAACACCAUUAGCACCUAUCCAGUGGCUCCUCCACCUUAUAAUUAUGAAUAUGAGAUGGAAUACUCAGCAGACCUACCUCCACCUUACACUCCAACUCCACAGACUUCAAUACAGUAUCCGCCACCUCCUCCUUACCCUGGAUAUUCAGGGAAAUAAUUAACUGGCUUUAAAGAGAUAUAAAGUGCCUGUUGAAUCAGCCAGCAUGUUAUGGACAGAUAUUGUUGGCUCAGGAGCAAAUAGAAUGGGGCCUACAUCCACAUGUACUGCCUGGUGUAGUGUAACAGGCACAGUUGCUAUGGCUCAGGAUGACUUCUAAAGAAUGAAGAAAAGUAUAGUCCAUCCCAGAUCACUGUAAUUCACAAAUAAACUGAAGCACAAUAAAAGAAACAGUGGUUAGCAUCAUCCACAAUUUUGCUGACUUUCUUUAGCAACUUGUUAAAGUGAACUGGAAUAUUAUUUUUCCAUUUAAAGGAACGUAUGACAAAAAUGGUUAAUAAGUUUCCUCUUCAGAGCAUGAGAUACAGCAAUUGGGGUCUAUUCUGGGAGGAAAAUUCCAACUGUUGUCUACAAACCUGUAUCAUAUCUUUCCUUGAAGUGGUGUGGAUAAGGAAGAACAAGAAAGACGGAAGCUACUUAUUGACUUCCAUUCCAAAUAGGAAUACCAGAUGAUGUGUUCAGCAUAGCAGUAUUUAGGAUCUGAUAGGUAUAUUGCAAACAAGAAUUUUAUUAAAGUCAUUCAAUAGCCAAAAUAUGACUGAUGUAACUACUUUUGACCAAAAUGCAGGCUAUUUUAAGUGCCUACUUUUAAGGAGAUUAAGCCUGGUUUAUAGCCUGUAAUCUAAGCAUACAGAAUGUUUUUGUAUGUAGAUUUCACUAUAAAUUAUAGACACAUCUUUUUAUAUGGAUUUAAAUACUGUAUACAGAUUUUUAGGUCACUAGAUAAUACUUUAAUUUUGAAAGUAAAUAUAGAUUCAGCAAAAUCCUGAAAUCAUUUUGGAGGGAAAAAACCCAAGGAUAUUAAGGCUUCAUAGAUUUUUUUCCUGCAGUUUGAUUUCUGAUUAAACUGUAUGAAGAUCAGUAGUAAUUUUAAUUGGACAUUUGUUCUGACAAGCUAAUAGUCAACAUAAAAGAAGAUGCAUGCAGAGGGACUGUAAACAUUGCUGUCAACAGGGAAGAUAGGGGAAUGAGUCAUCUUGGUUAUUUAAAUGUGAUUGGGCACCAUAGAUUGAAAGGGAGAUCAGAGUUGGAUUUACCAUCCUGUUUAAGAACUGGACACACAAAUAGGGGUAUAUGCAAUUCUGUCCUGUUCUCUUCUCUUUCAGAAUCAUUUUUCAGGCAUUGGUGAAUGUCCUUCAUUAGAGAGUUGUUGGAACAAAAACACCAACAUGGAUUUUUGUAUUUUAAUUUACUAUUGUGUAACAUUUACAACUGUUGUGUGGGCUUUUAUGGCUUCCUUCCUUAUUUGUAUGCUUCACAACUUAUGUAAAAGGUAGAAGAGGAAAAAUGAUGUAACAUCAAGAAGUUAUAGUGACCAGAAUUCACAAAGCUGUGGAAACAGCCUUUUUUAUGCAUAUAAACUCCAGGUUAAUCAUGAUUCUUAAGGCUCAGAAUGUGUUUGUUUAAAAACUAGCACAUAGCCUUCAGCUGGAAACUUUCAUGGGCAUUCAGUGUAUUACAAAUUAAAAAGAAAGAUGGUUCUCUGAGGACCUGAGCCAAAGCCUACUGAAGUCAUUAGAAAGACUCCCACUGACAUUAUUGGGCUUUGAAUUAGGUCCCAAAUGAGGAACACUUGAGGUGUUUAGGCCCUGAUUCAGUAAGGUUUUUAGCGCUAGUGUAGUGUAGUGUUAAGCACAUGAAUGAUCUCAUAGACUUCAGUGGGAGUACUCACAUGCUUACAGGUAUUUGCAAGCUUAAUUACCUUGUUGAAUCCAGGCCUUAAUAACUAUCUUUGCUAGUAUUUUGGAGUAGCAUUUGUCUCUUCCAGUAUGGGCAGUUUUACCCUCCUGAAAAGUCCACCUGAAGACAUAAAAAACCUUUAUUCUCAACAGAAUGUGUUUAAAAGGGCUGUUACGUGGUCUUUGGCCAAACCGAGCAUUGUGUAAAGCACUAAAACUGUUUAAUCUAUUCAGAGGAAAUUGGACUAUCCCACAGAACUUGGUUAUAAUGAGUUUCAUAGUGCCUUCAACAAAGAAUGGAGAUUUUAUUAUUAUUUCUUUUGGUGCUUUGCGCUCUAAUCCAAAAUUAUCCGAUUUUUAAAAUUAAUCCAGCUCUCUGCUGGAGUAAUAAUGGUGUGUCACAUUAGCCAUUAAUAUGGCUGCUCACAAGGGACAGGCAGUUGUUCAUAGAUAGAGCCUAAAAUAUACUUGACAGUAGGAGUCCUGAUUAUAAUAUUUUGGCUUCCCCUACUCAUGACCAUCUGUUAGGAUGAUGUCAUGUCUGCCAAUAUACCAGUCUCAGACAGUGGUCAACCUGCAUAACAGAGCAAGCAUCAUAUUCUCUGCAUGAAGUCCCUCCUCUCCCAUAGCAAUGCCACAUUAGUAACCCAUUGCCUUUUUACAGCUGAUCACACGUGAUGAUGCUUUUUAUGCCAAAAUAAUUACCCUUGGGAGAGGAAGGUACAAAGGAAGUGAAUACUUUUCCUUCCCUCAUUUCUGGAUUUUCUGCUCUAUAACAAUGUACCUGCAUACCAAAAUACAUCUCAGAGAGCAGUUUUGCAGUUCCAUUUUUAUUUGAUGACCUCAUGCUACAUUGUACAUUUAACCUCUUACAGUUUCCUGAACAGAAAGGGGAAAUAUAAAUGUCUCAUAGAUCAUAAAUCUUACUUCAUCAUGAAGAUCUCUCUCAUAGUGACAUUAGUCAGAACAAGUAAUAAAGUACAUCUCUUAUGGGAAGAGGCAUUUCUGGUAAUUAGUGAGAAAUCAUUGGUCAAGAGACCCACAGUUUAAGUCGCAACUUUGAGAUUGCACGUCACUGGUGGUAUCAUGUUGUAAAGAUGAUCCUGGUGGAUAAGAUGUUUGGAUUACAUAAGUAGUUCAUGUAUUCAGGAGGACAGUCUUAGAAAUUCAUUUUAGCAUCUCACAGAAAUAAAAUCCUUUUGUUUGAUGGGAUCCCAGUAAGAGAGAGCCUUGGGGUGCACACUUUGUGCAUUAA